AUGAGCACAAGGAAGAGCUCCCCACUGCCACUGGGGCAAGGAGACCCAGGAAAAAAGCAGGAGGAGAGUACACUUGACCUCACACAGGAGCGUGAGAUGGAGCUGAGGAACAAAGCUAUUCUGCAACAGAAGAGGCGCCUUAAACAGGCCACCCAGUUUGUGCACAAGGACUCUGCUGACCUGCUUCCCCUGGAUGGUUUGACAAGGCUUGGCACCUCGAAGGAUCUGCAGCCCCACAGCGUGGUCCAGCGGCGCCUCUUGGAGGGCAACCUGAGCAAGAUGCGCUGCGAGACCAGGGCUCAGGCCGCGUGGGUUCCGUCGCCGCUGGCAAAAGACCAGGAUGGAAAGAGUAAAAAGGGAGAGGACAGGAGAAAAGAGACUUCACCCCUGCUAAUACAGUGCCAGUGCCAAGGCCAGGUAUUGAAAGCAACAGUUAACACUGGGUGCCUACCAAAUCUCAUCUCCAAGAGCUGUUUAAACCGGCUGGGGCUGGAAGAAGUGUCUGCCGUGGACUGUGGAGACCUCUCUCUGCCCAUUCCCAGCGUUGUUGGCCGAGUAGAACAUAUGGAGUUGCAAUUUGGCCAGGAGACAGUGCUGUGUUCAGCACUGGUUGUAGAUGAUGAAAUGCUGGAGUUUUGCAUUGGUCUCCAGACUCUGUUGUCUCUCAAGUGUUGCAUCGACUUGGAGGAAGGAGUCCUGAGAUUUAAAGCACUGAGUCAAGAGCUGCCUUUUCUACAUGCUUCUGAAGAGCCUGGUCAGUGA